AUGGAAGGUGUGGAGGUGCUGGAGACUCCCGCCAGCUCUGCAGGUCGAGGCGCGCGAAGCAACGAGUGGAGAGGAGAACCAACUGAAAGAUCCGCAGCACUGGAGCGCCUGAGGGUCAAGGUUCACCCGGCAAACCGACGCUUUUUUGACGUCCUGUUGGAGGCGCGGCGGAGGACGACAAGUGAACGGCAGUUUCAAACGUACAGCAGAGGUCUUCGAGCGCUUCAGUUGUAUCCUCUCCCCAUUACGACUCGCGAGGAGGCCGAGCAAAUUGACGGUGUGGGCGGAUUUCUUUCGGGUUUGAUCUUUAGAGUCCUCCGAAAUGCGCCGCUCACUGCGCCAGGGCCGCUUCCACCCCCCGCGGGCGGCAUCGAACCAGAGCCUGCUUCUGUUCCCCCUCCGGCAGUCGCUUCUGUUUCCAGCAGCUCCCGCUCGAAUGAAAGCGCCGAAGCGCGCGACAAGUGCCAGCACGGUGCUGCUGGCCGCCGCUCAACCGGAGCGGCAGGCGAUAGGACUGCCUCAGAAUGCGACCGUGUGGCUCUCUCCCAGCAGUCAGCGUCGGGAUCUCUUCAAGAGUAUCUGAAGCGGCAGUGGCGCUUGGCUGAGCGUCUGGCGGUGUUCCUCUUGAGCAGGCGUCGUAAGCCUCUCUCGAAAGAAAGCAGGCAUCCGGAGGGACCCGGAGACAGGCAAUCUGGUCAUGUGCAGCGUGGAGGGACGAGUUGUGAAACCGGAGGAAACACGUCGAGCGAGCACGACCUUGCGGGGGACUGCAGCCCGGUCGCGGCGACGGCCACGUCGAAGCAGUCUGCAGACCGACGCUCCAACAGGAACGAUCUGCCCAUGAAGUGCUUUCGGAAGGGCGCCAGUGCCUGGACGGGACUGGUGUGCCUCUACAGACUCGGGGCCUUCGGGGAGAAAGGCGUCAACCGCGUGCAGCUCAAGGAAGCGCAGGAGGAGCUCUCAACGCUUUAUCCCUGCCGCGUGGCCUCGUGGAGCAUUUUGGAGACCCUCCAGCGCCAGCAGCUGGUCGCGAUUCGCGCUCCCGAUCCUUCCGUCGCGCGCGCGGCAUCUGCCCGCUUUUCGCGGCAGCUCAAAUCGGCUGCCGAGGCCUCGGCUUCCCUCACGGCUGCUUGCGCCAUGAGGCUGUCGUCUCACGAUGGCGAAGAGGCUGUGCAUCAGCAUUUCAACAGGGAAGGUGUCGACCGCGCAGACACCCGGAGCGGCAACGAGGCGAGCAGCUCGGUCAGUUCGCUCGCGAGGGCCUCAGACGGAACGAAGGCAGACGGCGUGGAGCUCCCAAAGGGCAGUGCAGGCCGGCGGCGGCGCGAGAGCUCACGCCGCGAGCAGAUCCUGAGGCAGAAGCAGGAGCGCGCGGCAGAGACUGAACACGGCCGACUGCUCAAGCGACACUGCCGCGACCACCUCGAACUCGUCUCCCUCACGAAGGAAGGAGAAGUUUGGGCCCGCCGUCUCGCGGCUACGGUGCCCGAGCUGCACAGCGCUAGUGCCAGUCUGCAGCAGCCCACCGGGUGCGCAGCCGCACCGCAGGCUGAGUUUGAAAAGGAGUGUCUGUCUGGAGGCUUGCCUAGCGACAGUCAGCAGUCGGACUGCGGUUGCCUUUCGAACGAUGAGGGGUACAUUGACGGCAGCAACACAGGGGAAACGUUGUCUGAUGCUUUUGUGGAUACCUGCGAACGAGUCGAACUCAGAAACGCCCAUGAUUCCGACGAGGAUUGGUCGUCAUCCCUUGAGGAGCUGGACGCCAAAACGCUGGGAAGCUCGAGAGCUGAAACGGAGUCAGAGCGUGAGGCGACCCUUUCCCGUCGGUCACGUCAGCGCCGCUCAACCAGAGCUUUGAGUCUUGGAGUGGCUCGCAGCGCCGACUGCCGUGGUGAAGCACCCGUCGUGGUGCUGGAUGACGAAGAGGAAGAAGACAAGCUUCAAGAGGUCUCUCUUCUUACGCCGGUGUCCGGAGGCGCACGAACGUGGCGUCAACCCAGCGAUUCGCCAGCGAUGUGCAGAAGAGGCCGGGAUCCGAGCAACGAAGCAUUCCACAUGUCGCCAAUUCGAGUAGCCACGCACGCAGCUGCUGGCGGCACCCCGAGAAGAAACAAGCGCUCUGUAAUUUUGUCCGACCUUCCCGUCGCACUUCCGAGUGCCGCGGGGUCGCUUUACGUCCCAGAGAACACACCGCAGAGAGCGACCGCGGGCCUCUCGUCUUCUGCCAACGCGUCUGGCGCGCCGGGUAGGCCGGGAGGCGCGGGUGUGGGCUCGAAAGUCGACGAGCUUCCGCAGGGGUGGCAGCCUAUGGGGCACGCAUUCCAGGUCUGUCUGGUGCUGGACAACCGCGAGCGAGUCGAGCACGGCGCAGGCUGGGGCGGGCGGAGCAGCCGGGCGGAGUUCCUCUCUGGCCAGCUCCGCCGAAACGGCGUGCUUGUGGAAUUGCGUCCGCUUCCAGUUGGCGACGCCCUGUGGGUCGUCCAGCGUCUGCAGACGGGGCCUGAACUCGGCGGGGCGGCGCAGCGCCUUCCGCAGCCUGGCGACGUGGAGUCCUCUCGGCAGGUCGACGCAGGGCCGCGAGAGGGGCAGGGAUUUGGAGCGGACGCGGUCGCCAGUGCAGCUGAUCACGCAGCCUCUCCGCUGAAGAAGGGCGGCGCAGCAGGCGAGUUCGUGCUGCCGAUCAUAGUCGAGCGAAAGACGCUGCGCGACUUGAGCACUUCGAUUCGAGACGGCCGCUACGAAGACCAAAAGUACCGACUCAUGCACUGCUCAGGCGUGAGGCGGGUUCUGUACCUCGUCGAGGGCCUGCUCGAGGCUUCGCCGUGCCCUGCGGUGCCUCUCGCGGCCGCGGGGUUCGCUGGCCAGCCACGCAGCUUCGCAGGGCAUCUGCCAUCGCCUCCUCGGCUUCCCGGGGCGAGCCGAGGCGGCGCCGGAGCCUCAGGUGCCCUGAGUGCGGCAGCUGGCGGGCGGUCGUUUCUGGGCGGGCCGCUGUCGACGUCCGCUGCCACAGUGGCGGCGGAGAUCGCCGCCGUGCGAACCGCGCAGCUCAAGACGCAACUUGUCAACGGUUUUUCCCUCCUCAGCACCACCUGCCCAGCGCACACUGUGGCAAUGCUGACUCGGAUUCACAGGCGUCUGGCGCGGCAGUUUUCCUCGUGGGCGGUCGCCCCCGUCGAGACGGGCGACCAGAGUGUCGAGGGCGUCAGCGGGGGGCUAGCGGCCUUCAGUGUGCCCUGCCCUAGCGCUCCUACCCAGCACGCUGGUCAGAGAGGAACUCUGCACCACUCGGAGUCGCCGCCUGCAGGCGCAGGGCGGUCGCAGACUGCUUCCUCAGGCGCAGCGGGUGACGCAGUGACGCGCCUGUUUCUCCGCGAGGGGAAGUCGCAAGCGACACGUCCCGACUUUGGCGGCCCGGGCAGCCUCUUCAGUGCGUCUCCAUGGGGCGCCUCAGAGCAGGAGGCGCUCAUCGAGCUUCUUUCGUGGGGCCAGUGGCUCGAGCGGAAUCGGCAGGCUGCAAAGAGCACAGUAAAAGAGGUUUUUUGCAGGCAACUCAGUGUCUUGCCCUUCCUCGGCAAGAGGGGAGCUGCCUACAUUGCGCAAGCGUGUGGUCGUCCUGCAGCAUUCGCUCGCCUUCUCCAGCAGCAUCCAGACGACCGCCGCCUGCGUGCGGCAUUGGCUGUGGCGGCUUACUCAGCUGAUCACGGAGCGAAAGGGAAGGAGGCACCUGCGGGACAGGGGGCCGCUAUCCCCGAUGAGCACCGCGACGCUUCUCUGCAGACUCCAGACAGGGGUAGAAAACGCCCGCUGAAUGGAGAUCCGCAGCGGGAGCACGAGGGCGCAGCAUUGGAAACCCGGACAGGAGAGGAACUACCCAACAGCGAAAAACGCAGGCAUCUCGAAGCCCCCCAACGUGCCCGCCGAGAAGGAACGCAAUCCGUCGCUCCUGGCAGCGCCGCCUCCCCACGACAACAAACGAUUAGCAGCAAGGCCAUAGCCCUAUGCAGACUGCUUUACCAGCCAGACGUGCCCUCGUCUGUCAUCGAGGCGGUGCAGCCGCUAGCCGCUGCAACGACAGAAAAUCUCGCAGGCAAGCGCUGGGCGGCCUGCGAAGCCACCCCUCCCCGGCAGCGAUGA